AUGGCUGCUAAGUUUUCUUGUGUUGAUAUGGAUUUUUUUUGUCCGAUCUGCUGUGGCAUCUUCAAAAAUCCUGUUCUGCUGUCAUGCAGCCACAGCUUCUGUAAAGACUGUGUGGAGAGGUGGUGGCUGGGUGAUUCGAGUCACUCAUGUCCUGUGUGCAGAGCACCUUCAGCAGGUGACCCUCCCCGUAACUUGGCAUUAAAGAAUCUAUGUGAAUCCUUCUCACUAGAACUUUCCCUGGAAGAAAAGGCCACUGAAGCGCUGUGCAGUCUGCACUCAGAGAAACUGAAGUUCUUCUGUCUGAACCAUAAAGAGGCCCUGUGCGUUGUCUGUCGUGAUUCAAAAGCUCACGCCAACCAUCGAUUCCGACCCAUCGAUGAGGCUGCAGACGACUACAGGGAGGAGCUGAGGAAAUACCUGAACCCUGUGCAGGACAAAGUGGCGCACUUAAAGAGAGUAAAGGUGGACUGGGAUAGAACGGCAGAUCAUAUCAGAGCUCAGGCUGAAAGUACAGAGAGACAAAUCAGAGAGGAGUUUAAGAAACUUCAUACAUUCUUAGAUGAGGAAGAGAAGGCCAGGAUUGCUGCUCUGAAGAGGGAGGAGGCGCAGAAGAGUGCAACGAUAAAGACAAAGAUUUCUGAUUUGCGCUUAGAGAUAGCAACUCUUUCAUUAACCGCUCAAACCACAGAGGCAGAGCUCAAAUGUGGAAGUGCCACAAUCCUGCGGAACUACAAGCCUUUAGCAGAAAGAACGAAAGAACACCUGAUGAAAGAUCCAGAACUGGACUCAGGAGCUCUGAUAGAUGUGGCCAAACACCUGGGCAACCUGACCUUUGACAUCUGGAACAAGAUGAAGGAGAUGGUGACAUACUCUCCAGUGAUUCUGGAUCCAAACACUGUAGGAUCAAACAUCAUUGUGUCUAAUGAUCUGACCAGUCUGAGAAACAAAGGGGAAGAGAGUGAAUUUCUGCAGAACCCAGAGGGAUCUGAGGUGUACUCAGCAGUCAUCGCAUCUGAAGGCUUCAACUCAGGGACUCACAGCUGGGACGUUGAGGUUAGAAGUGAUGCAAACUGGGCUGUGGGUGUGAUGGGAGAGUCUGUGUCGAGAACAGGAGAGAUUCUGAAGGGCUACUGGAAUAUAUGGUUUAGUGAUGGUAAAUACAGAGCAUAUGCUCCACCAAAUGUAGAUAAAGUCCUUUCUGUAAAGAGGCCGCUGCAGAGAAUCAGAGUGAAGCUGAACUGGAACAAAGGGAAACUGAGUUUCACUGAUCUGGAGACCAACACAAACAUUUAUACCUUCUUUCAGACUUUCUCUCAGCGACUAUAUCCUCUUUUUAACACAUUAAGUACAGAGCCACUGAGAGUAUUACAACAGAAAAUCACAGUGCAGUUAGAGCCGUAG